GUUGUGUGUUUGGCUUGAUGUUUGAUGCUGACACGAAGAGAAGGAAGUCUGUAAAGCCACAGAUUACUGCCCAUGUUCUGAGCGGUUGCACUAUAAUGUUCAGCAGCCACGAGGUGAAUGACGUCGGAGGGUCUUAACAGCGGAAAAAGCUGUCGGUGAUGUCCAGAUCUCAGACACAGACAGACUGAAGCUCCCUCCCAUCAUGGACUCCAAGAAGCCUGGCAUGCUGCGGCAUCUCCGCCAGAAGAUGCUGCCACACCUCCGGCGAGACAAGACGAGCCCCGGCAAGCACCUGGUUCAGCUCGAACACCCAAUGGACCAUCGGAUGAGCUCCUCCGUUCCCGACAUGAGGAACAUGAGGCAGCACGAGUAUGCUCCCGUCUCCUCCAGCAUGCAGCCCCAACAGUACGACUCUCCCAGCUACAGCAACCCCUGCUCCCCACUCGUCAGGCCUGCCCGGGGCCUGGGAGGAGGUGGGAGUGGCCUGACGAUGGGAGUAGUUGGUGGAGGAGUGGGGAGAAGUGUGCCUGCAGACUGCACAGACUGGGCUUCCUCCCAUGAGUCAUUCAGCAGUCUCUGUGACGAGGACAAGAGCUCUCCAGAGACAACCUGCAGACCUCCCCGGGGCAUGGAGCCUGAGGAGCUGGGCCUACCCGAGAUGAUGACUGUCUACAGCCCAGACCCUCCCUCUGUGGAGGUGUCCCAGGACAGCUCACAGUAUGAUAACGAUUUCAACAGUCACGGGUUAAAAGACGGGGACAACCAAAAUUGUGAGAUGGGCAACGAGGUUCUGAGUGUGUCGGAGAACAUCAGGGAUCCUCCCAGGUCCUUCCUGCUCACCAUCCACCUGAAGGAAGGACGCAACCUGGUCAUCAGGGACCGCUGUGGUACCAGCGAUCCUUAUGUGAAAUUCAAAUUGGACGGGAAAACAUUCUACAAAAGCAAAGUGGUUUAUAAAGACCUCAACCCCAAAUGGAACGAGACCUUCUCCCUACCUGUGACGGUCUUUCUGGUCCUGCGUCAUGUGUGGUCUUUCUCUUCGGGAGGCUCUUCUCAGAGCUGCCGUCUGUCGGAGACACUGAGGAAGAAUCAGCUGUGGACUUCUGUUGUGUCAGUGACUCUGGUCGGGGGUCAGGAGCUGCCACUGGACUCCCAUGGAGGUCAGCUCUUUGUUCGCUUCAGACUGGGAGAGCAGAGCUACAAAAGCAAGGACCGCUGCAGAGUGUCCAACCCUCAGUGGAGAGAGAGGUUCACUUUUAACCUGUUCGUGGACAGGUCUGGCAUCCUGGAGGUGGAGCUCUGGUCCAAGGAAGGACGCAGGAACGAGGAGUGUUUGGGAACGUGUGAAGUUGACCUGUCCAAGGUCCCUUUCAAUCAGAGACAGCUGUACACACACGCCCUGGACCAGGGGAGAGGACGCUUGGUCUUCCUACUUACACUGAACACAUGCAGCGGCGUCUCCAUCUCGGACCUGUGUGCCGCACCGCUCGAUGAGCCUCACGAACAACAGAACCAGCUGGACAGCUAUAGUUUGAAAAGGUCCCUGAAAAACCUCAGCGAUGUUGGUUUCCUUCAAAUCAAAGUGAUUAAGGCCGCAGAUUUGCUGUCUGCUGAUUUAAACGGCAAGAGUGAUCCCUUCUGUGUGUUGGAGCUGGGGAACGACCGACUGCAGACCCACACGGUCUACAAGAGCCUCCACCCAGAGUGGAAACAAGUCUUCACAUUCCCUGUCAAAGACAUUCAUGAGGUUCUGGUGGUGACUAUCUUUGAUGAGGACGGAGACAAGGCGCCAGACUUCCUGGGAAAGGUUGCCAUUCCCCUGCUCUCGAUCCGCAGGGGACAGCAGAUCGCCUACCCUCUGAAGAAAGAGGACUUAGGUGGGCUGUCGAAGGGGAGCAUCACUCUGGAGCUGCAGGUUAUUUUUAACCCUGUCAGAGCGGGUAUAAAAACCUUCCAACCAAGAGAAAGAAGAUUCAUAGAGGAUACUCCCAAGUUUUCUAAAAAGGUCCUGGCCAGGAACGUGCUCCGUGUUCAGACACUGUACAGGGCUAUCAUGUCGACUCUGCAGUACAUCAAAAGCUGUUUCCAGUGGGAGAGCAUUCAGAGAAGCCUGCUAGCCUUCCUGGUGUUUUUGGUGACCGUGUGGAACUGGGAGUUUUACAUGCUACCCCUCUUCCUGGUCCUGCUCAUCUCGUGGAACUACCUCCAGAUCCAGUCGGGUCGGGUCAGUCAGGACUUGGACAAUAUGGAUUUGGGGGAUGAGGACGAGGAUGAUGAAAAGGAGUCUGAGAGAAGAGGGCUGAUGGAGAAAAUCCACAUGGUCCAAGAAACCAUCAUCACCCUUCAAAACCUUCUGGAUAGCAUCGCAUGUUUUGGGGAGAGGAUUAAAAACACUUUCAACUGGUCGGUGCCGUUCCUGUCCAGCCUGGCUUUCCUGGUCUUUGUCACUGCAACAAUCCUUACAUACUACAUCCCUGUUCGCUACGUGGUUUUAAUAUGGGGCAUCAAUAAAUUCACCAAGAAAUUACGGAACCCAUACAGCAUUGACAACAAUGAAGUGCUUGAUUUCCUGACGAGGGUGCCUUCAGAUGUGCAGAAGGUUCAGUACAGUGAAAUGAGAGGCAGCAGGAGGAAGAAACUCAGUAGGCUUCCUACUUAAAAACAGUUUCCACAGGAUCUGCGUGGUAGGGUUGGAUUUUAAUUCGCUGUGGAGAUACACAGCUCAGCACCAUUCAUAUCAACCGGCACAUACUGUAAAGACCUUUCCCAAGAAGAAACCAAAGAAGUCCACACGGAGAAGCCCAUAGAGAUUCCAGAUUACAAUGUACAAAGAUUGUAGAUGUUUUUAUUGUAUGUACAGUUUAUUCUUCAAGAUAAUCGAUCACAAGUUGCUGUUUUUAUAUUUUCUGGCCCCAGGUUGUGUCCUCCUGAAACCAGCCGAAAUAUUAUUGAAUACAUUAUAUUGAAUGUAUAUGCUUUGGUAUGUAACAUUUGUGUGUAUAUUUUUACAUCAUUUGCAUUGGCAGAUGUGCAGACUUUUAUUCCAAAAUGGAUUAUGCACCUUUUUAAAAAAAAAAAAAGAAAAUGGGAUGAAAGUGGAUUUCAUCAUGGGUUCCUUUUUUAAAAAGUACAAGUCAUCAUUUUUAAGGUCUUUGUGGUUUUAAAUAUUAUGAUGAAUUUGAGGAAACAAUUAUUGAGCCUUUCAUAUUCCCAUAUACAACAUAAGUCAGUAGCAAAUAUUCUGCAUUGUAUUCCUUUAUUUCUUACUUUUACCUUUGAAAAUGGAUAAAGAUUUAAGAUUUCACUUCAAGGUGACUUUUUUUUUUUUGCAUGCAAAGAUGAGUGCCUAUAUAUUUAGUUUUAUUUUUCUAUUCGUCCUAUAUAGAGGGUGCACUGUACGGUUUUAUUUUACACUUUGCUUGUAAGUGGGAUAGGGCCAAAUCUAUACACACGUAACUUUAUUUAUUCACAACAAUCAGUGAUGAAUACUUUGUGUCUCCCAUUUCUAACCGCAAUAAAUGCACACAAUCACAGUUUAGCAUA